AAAGGAAGGUCCCCCACCCCCUUUCUAAAACCGCUUUCUUCGGUUCCUUCACCUCUAGGAAAUCUCGGGGCUCUGCUCUACCGCAAGCGCUCGUCAGGGUGCUUUCUGAUCACCACCAUCCCGAAGUGCUGGCGUCCAAGGGCUGCUUCUUCGGCUUUGCAAAGAAGAGCCGUGAACUUCCAAACCCUCGAGACGGAUUUUCAAUCCUGCUUGGCAGGCGAGGAAAGCCCUCGGUCCCCGGCCCCCGCCACCCUCUCCGGAGGCUCUGCCAUCGCCGAGGCGCGCGGAGCCGGAAGGGGACGCUUUGGGAAUGACCAUGCUCCAAGGAGGGACAGAGCCGGCCCCCAGCUCCUCUACACCGAGCCUCCUCCACUAAAGCUCCAAAAAUCAAAAAACCGUAAUUGCCAGAGGAAUCAUUAAAAAAAAAAAAAUUAGUCCAGCCACCAACCUCACAUGCACACGGAAUAAUUACUCUGGAUUCUGCAUCGUGAGCUGCUCUCCAUACCCUGACUUACCUUUGAAUUCAGUCUCUUUUCUCUUUGAAUUUGCAUCUCUUCAAGGCACAAGAUUCAAACAGAAUUCACGAUAAAUUGGAUUUUAAAUGAUCCUCCUUUCAUUUAUCCCGCACCUUUCUUAUGUGGAUAUGCAAGCGAGAAGCGGAGGCUGGACAUUCCCAACAUGCUCGCUCCCUUAAUCCGACCGGCUAGAGGUUUGGCUUCUACAAACCAAGGGAGUCGACGAGUUGAAGAUGAAGCCCAGAGCAGAGUGCUGUUCUCCCAAGUUCUGGUUGGUGUUGGCUGUCCUGGCCGUGUCAGGCAGCAGAGCUCGUUCUCAGAAGAGCCCCCCCAGCAUUGGCAUUGCUGUCAUCCUCGUGGGCACUUCAGACGAGGUGGCCAUCAAGGAUGCUCACGAGAAAGAUGACUUCCAUCAUCUCUCCGUGGUGCCCCGUGUGGAGCUAGUAGCCAUGAAUGAGACUGAUCCAAAGAGCAUCAUCACCCGUAUCUGCGAUCUCAUGUCUGAUCGGAAGAUCCAGGGGGUGGUGUUUGCUGACGACACUGACCAGGAAGCCAUCGCCCAGAUCCUUGACUUCAUUUCAGCCCAGACUCUCACCCCCAUCCUGGGCAUCCACGGGGGAUCCUCUAUGAUAAUGGCAGAUAAGGAUGAGUCUUCCAUGUUCUUCCAGUUUGGCCCAUCGAUUGAACAGCAAGCCUCCGUAAUGCUCAACAUCAUGGAAGAGUAUGACUGGUACAUCUUUUCUAUCGUCACCACCUACUUCCCUGGCUACCAGGACUUUGUGAACAAGAUUCGCAGCACCAUUGAGAAUAGCUUUGUGGGCUGGGAGUUGGAGGAAGUCCUCUUGCUGGACAUGUCCCUGGAUGAUGGAGAUUCUAAGAUUCAGAACCAGCUCAAGAAACUUCAAAGUCCCAUCAUUCUUCUUUACUGUACUAAGGAAGAGGCCACCUACAUCUUCGAAGUCGCUAACUCAGUAGGGCUGACCGGCUGCGGCUACACGUGGAUUGUGCCUAGUCUGGUGGCAGGGGAUACGGACACGGUGCCCUCGGAGUUCCCCACGGGGCUCAUCUCAGUGUCCUAUGAUGAAUGGGACUAUGGCCUCCCUGCCAGAGUGAGGGAUGGAAUUGCCAUAAUCACCACCGCUGCUUCCGACAUGCUGUCUGAGCACAGCUUCAUCCCGGAGCCCAAGAGCAGCUGCUACAACACCCACGAGAAGCGGAUCUACCAGUCCAACAUGCUGAAUAGGUAUCUGAUCAAUGUCACUUUUGAGGGGAGAAAUCUGUCCUUCAGUGAAGAUGGCUACCAGAUGCACCCGAAACUGGUGAUAAUCCUUCUGAACAAGGAGAGGAAGUGGGAGAGGGUGGGGAAAUGGAAAGACAAGUCUCUGCAGAUGAAGUACUACUUGUGGCCCCGAAUGUGUCCUGAGACAGAAGAGCAGGAGGAUGACCAUCUGAGCAUCGUAACCCUGGAGGAAGCUCCGUUUGUUAUUGUGGAGAGUGUGGACCCUCUGAGUGGAACCUGCAUGAGGAACACAGUCCCCUGUCAAAAACGCAUCGUCUCUGAGAAUAAAACAGAUGAAGAGCCAGGUUACAUCAAAAAAUGCUGCAAGGGCUUCUGUAUUGACAUCCUUAAGAAAAUCUCCAAAUCUGUGAAGUUCACCUAUGACCUUUACCUGGUCACCAAUGGCAAGCAUGGGAAGAAAAUCAACGGAACCUGGAAUGGUAUGAUUGGAGAGGUGGUCAUGAAGAGGGCCUACAUGGCAGUGGGGUCGCUCACCAUCAAUGAGGAGCGAUCUGAGGUGGUCGACUUCUCUGUGCCCUUCAUAGAGACUGGCAUCAGUGUCAUGGUGUCACGCAGCAAUGGGACCGUCUCACCUUCUGCCUUCUUAGAGCCCUUCAGCGCUGACGUGUGGGUUAUGAUGUUUGUGAUGCUGCUCAUUGUCUCAGCUGUGGCCGUCUUUGUCUUUGAGUACUUCAGCCCUGUGGGUUACAACAGGUGCCUCGCCGAUGGUAGAGAGCCAGGUGGCCCGUCUUUUACCAUCGGCAAAGCUAUUUGGUUACUCUGGGGUCUGGUGUUUAACAACUCCGUCCCGGUGCAGAACCCAAAGGGGACCACCUCCAAGAUCAUGGUGUCAGUGUGGGCCUUCUUUGCUGUCAUCUUCCUGGCCAGCUACACUGCCAACUUAGCUGCCUUCAUGAUCCAAGAGGAGUAUGUGGACCAGGUUUCCGGCCUGAGUGACAAAAAGUUCCAGAGACCUAAUGACUUCUCACCCCCUUUUCGCUUCGGGACGGUGCCCAAUGGCAGCACAGAGAGGAAUAUUCGCAAUAACUACGCAGAAAUGCAUGCUUACAUGGGAAAGUUCAACCAGAGGGGUGUCGAUGAUGCGUUGCUCUCCCUGAAAACAGGGAAGCUGGAUGCCUUCAUCUAUGAUGCAGCAGUGCUAAACUACAUGGCAGGCAGAGAUGAAGGCUGCAAGCUGGUGACCAUUGGCAGCGGGAAGGUCUUCGCUUCCACUGGUUAUGGCAUUGCCAUCCAAAAAGAUUCUGGGUGGAAGCGCCAGGUGGACCUUGCUAUCCUACAGCUCUUCGGAGAUGGGGAGAUGGAGGAGCUGGAAGCUCUCUGGCUCACUGGCAUUUGCCACAAUGAGAAGAAUGAGGUCAUGAGCAGCCAGCUGGACAUUGAUAACAUGGCAGGAGUCUUCUACAUGUUGGGGGCAGCCAUGGCUCUCAGCCUCAUCACCUUCAUCUGUGAACACCUUUUCUAUUGGCAGUUCCGGCACUGCUUUAUGGGCGUCUGUUCCGGCAAGCCUGGCAUGGUCUUCUCCAUCAGCAGAGGCAUCUACAGCUGCAUCCACGGGGUGGCCAUCGAGGAGCGCCAGUCGGUGAUGAACUCGCCCACCGCCACCAUGAACAACACGCACUCCAACAUCCUGCGCCUGCUGCGCACGGCCAAGAACAUGGCCAACCUGUCGGGCGUGAACGGCUCCCCGCAGAGCGCGCUGGACUUCAUCCGCCGCGAGUCGUCCGUGUACGACAUCUCCGAGCACCGCCGCAGCUUCACGCACUCGGACUGCAAGUCCUACAACAACCCGCCGUGCGAGGAGAACCUCUUCAGCGACUACAUCAGCGAGGUGGAGAGGACUUUCGGGAACCUGCAGCUGAAGGACAGCAACGUGUACCAGGACCACUACCACCACCACCACCGGCCGCACAGCAUCGGCAGCGCCAGCUCCAUCGACGGGCUGUACGACUGCGACAACCCGCCCUUCCCCACGCAGCCGCGGCCCGCGGGCAAGAAGCCGCUGGACCUCGGCCUGCCCGCCGCCAAGCACGGCCCGCUGGGCGACCUGUACGGCAAGUUCUCCUUCAAGAGCGACCGCUACGGCGGCCACGACGACCUCAUCCGCUCCGACGUGUCGGACAUCUCCACGCACACGGUCACCUACGGCAACAUCGAGGGCAACGCGGCCAAGCGGCGCAAGCAGCAGUACAAGGACAGCCUCAAGAAGCGGCCCGCGUCCGCCAAGUCGCGGCGCGAGCUGGACGAGAUCGAGCUGGCCUACCGGCGCCGGCCGCGCUCGCCCGACCACAAGCGCUGCUUCCGGGACAAGGAGGGGCUGCGCGACUUCUACCUGGACCAGUUCCGCCCCAAGGAGAACUCGCCGCACUGGGAGCACGUGGACCUGACCGACCUCUACAAGGAGCGCAGCGACUCGGUGGGCGGGGGCGGGCCCUGCGCCAACAGGCCGCACCUCAAGCACGCGUACCCGCAGAGCCCCACUAACUCCAAGGCCCAGAAGAAGAACCGCAACAAGCUGCGCCGGCAGCACUCCUACGACACCUUCGUGGACCUGCAGAAGGAAGAAGCCGCCCUGGCCCCGCGCAGCGUGAGCCUCAAGGACAAGGGCCGGUUCGUGGAGGGGAGUCCCUACGCCCACAUGUUUGAGAUGCCAGCCGGCGAGAGCGCCUUCGCCAACAGCAAGUCCUCAGUGCCCACUGCCGGACACCACCACCACCACCACAGCAACAACCCCGGCGGCGGCGGCGGCUACAUGCUCAGCAAGUCGCUCUACCCCGACCGGGUCACGCAAAACCCUUUCAUCCCCACUUUCGGGGACGACCAGUGCUUGCUCCACGGCAGCAAAUCCUACUUCUUCAGGCAGCCCUCGGUGCCAGGGGCGCCGAAAGCCAGGCCGGACUUCCGCGCCCUUGUCACCAACAAGCCGGUGGUCUCGGCCCUCCACGGGGCUGUGCAGGGCCGUUUCCAGAAAGACAUCUGUAUAGGGAACCAGUCCAACCCCUGUGUGCCUAACAACAAAAACCCCAGGGCUUUCAAUGGCUCCAGCAAUGGGCAUGUGUAUGAGAAACUGUCCAGCAUUGAGUCUGACGUCUGA